CGGGCGGUGGCGUUGCGCAGAAGGCGCGGCGGCGGCUGCUUGCGGUCCGGCCUCGGCACUGAGCAACGGGGACGAGGUUAGGCGUGGGGCACCGCUCGCAGUCCCCGGCAGGAACCGGGGGACCGUGGCCCUGCAGGAGCGACGAGGUGCGCUAUGGGCAAAAAAGCCAAGCGGACAGCCGAUAGCUCAUCUUCGGAGGACGAGGAGGAGUACGUCGUGGAGAAGGUGCUGGACCGGCGGGUGGUCAAGGGCCAAGUCGAGUAUCUCCUCAAGUGGAAGGGCUUCUCAGAGGAGCACAACACCUGGGAGCCCGAGAAGAACCUGGACUGCCCCGAGCUCAUCUCGGAGUUCAUGAAAAAGUACAAGAAGAUGAAGGAGGGCGAGAACAACCGGCCGCGCGAGAAGUCGGAGAGCACCAAGCGGAAGUCCAGCUUCUCCAGCAGCGCCGAGGAGAUCAAAUCGAAAAAGAAGAGAGAGAGCAAUGACAUCGCCCGAGGCUUUGAGAGAGGCCUGGAGCCAGAGAAGAUCAUCGGGGCCACGGAUUCCUGCGGCGACUUGAUGUUCCUCAUGAAAUGGAAAGACACAGACGAGGCAGACCUAGUCCUGGCCAAGGAAGCCAACGUGAAAUGCCCCCAGAUCGUGAUCGCGUUCUACGAGGAGAGACUGACAUGGCACGCCUACCCUGAGGAUGCAGAAAACAAAGAGAAAGAAGCGGCGAAGAGCUAAAGCUGCCCCUUCUGCCGCUCCUUUCUGUGCGAGCGACCGCCUGGGGUCUGAGCCGACCCGCCGGGCACCCUCUCCAUCUCUGCCACCUCCCGGCCCCCUCCCUCCACCCCCAACAACUGUCCGGUCACCAAAGAGGCGUCCCGCCCGCCCCGUCCCGCUCCUCUCCUGCCACCGCAGGUACGUCCUGAGCCGGCGGGCGACCCCUCCCUUUCCUCUGCCUGACCGGGGUGGGCAGCCCGGGGCCCUGAGGAGGGUCACCCCCCGGCCCCUGGCAUCACCUCAGGCCCCGAGGGACUGGCAGCCGGGCCGGUCCCUUGGACGUAGUUUCCGCCCCCUCGAGGUGCCUCUGCCUUCCUUUCUUCCUUGCCCCGAUGUCUCCAGGUUCGGCAACUCGCUCCGCAAGGGCUCCCGCCCCAACUUCGUGUCUACGGGUGGCCGGCUGUCCGAAGGGGAGAGGGGGGCUCUGGCCCUGGCCGUGGACGCAGCAACCCCCGACCCCCAGCCCCCGGGUUGGCAGUGGCUUGACCCCAUCCCCAGCCCGGUGAGGGGUCCGAGGGACCCCCCACCUGCGGACGGGAACUGGGGGGGUCACGUGGCGUGGGGUCAUCCUGCCUCCCGCUGACGCCUGCCCUGGACCCUGCCACGGGCCAGAAUCGGGCAGGGGCCGGGUGCAGCCCCGACCCCUCCCCGAGGAGCCGGUGCCCACCCCGUGCCGGCCACAUCCCGAGGCUUGGGUUGUUGGUCCAGGCUUCCACUCUGUCCCAACAGGGUCGGUUGGCGGCUGGUCAGACGGGCCCCUCUGGCCCCCCACCUUCCCAGCCAAAGUCCGUUUCUGCUGGGGCCACUGUCUGUGUCUGGGCCUCAGAGCAGGUCUCAAACCACCCCACAUUCCCCACCUCAGCACCCCCCACCCGCACCGUCCCUCUGACACAGGGGUCUUCCGGACCCCUCGCCGCUCGAGGGACAGGGACCAUGUCUAACUCCCACCUGUGUAUUCUUUCCCAGUGCUUAGUACAGUGUUCUGCACAAAAUGCGUAGUACCGCAAUUACUACUACGCAGUGAUGGGGGGGGUGGCCCUUUGCCACCUCCCCUGCCCCUGGCCAGGGGUGGUCCCAGCAGCUCAGACCUUGGGUUGGGGCCCCCUGGGGGGGGUGAAAUCAGGCGGCGACCCCGCCUGGAAAUGACAACACUCAGAUCCUUCCUUUCCGUUUGGUUUCCAAGGGCAGAUCUGGGGAAGGGGUUGCCCUCGCUGGGGCUAGGAGGGGAGGCAGGGGUGGACCCCUGGGCCGUGGAGAGAUGAGUAGGUGGGAGACCGAAAGCUACGCCGGAGCGGUCCCCUAGCCCGCACGGGGUGCCUGCCUCCCCUCUCCCUCCGCUCUUCCCCUCCCCGAUCUUUCGGCCCAAGCGAGGAUACCGUGGGCGGCGCCGUCCCUUGGCCUCCCAGUGGGCAGAGGCCGAGGGUCCGGUGGAGAACCUUCUCAGACAGGCAGGCCCUCCCUGCCCCCACUAUGGGAGAGGAGAGUGGAGUUCCACGUGGGGGUCGUCCGACACAGCCCCCUGCCUCCGUCUUGCCUCCUCCGCUCGGGCAGAAUCCCUCGGGCCUCAAUCUACCUCAUCCCCCCACUUCCCUCUGGCCCCUCUCUUGCUCGGCGGUGGCAGCGGGGGUCUUGGCGCAGCACCCUCUGCCCGUUGGCUCGCGGUGGCCCUUCCCCCGACCCCAGGAGGAAGAGGAGGAGUUAAUGGGGGAUGGUGGAGGUGGGGCUGGGGCCUAUCACGAGAGGUGCCCUGCUGCAAGGAACGAGCCAUUAAUUAAAGAUAAUUUCAAAGUCAACUGAUUGUGAUCAUUAAUGUCACAAUAGAUCAAAACCUAAUUAUCCCAGGCUAGGUGGGAACCUUCAGUAUUAAUCGGAAAAUCUAAUAGGAAACUAUUAUGGCGAAAUUAGGCUAAAUUGAAUCCAAUGAACUUUUCUCCCUCUUGUCAUCAUCCAGGUUGGGUCUGGGGCGGGGGGCCGGCCUGCCCGGUUCUAGUUUUUGAGAGCCGAGCUGAGGUCGCUCCCUGGACGCCCCCCCGCCCCCCAUCGCCGGCAAGGGGCUCCGCUUGGGUUGGUGGGGUUUGCUGGAGGGCCCAAGCCCAAUGCUGCAGAGGCCCUGGAGGCGGAUGAGGGUGGGGGCAGCGCCCUUCUCCCCACCCCCUGAACCGACUCCAGGGAGGGCAGCGGCCCCAGGAGAGAGGAAAGACUCCAGAGGGCCAUGUCUCGGCGCCAUGCGCCCUCCUGCCUCAGUUUCCCCAUCUUUCAAAUGGGGUUCGUUAAUGCCAAACUACCUCGCCGGACGCGGCGGGUCCCCACCCUUCCCAUCCGUGUCCGGGGAGCGUGCGGCCCCACCUUCCCCUCCAAGCUGCUAUUUCGGACUUGUGACAGUGUUUUCUGAGAGCCGUCGGGUUCGGAGGGAAACCUCUCCUCGCCCGAGGUCGCUGCCUGCCCGUCCUCCCCUCCCCCGAGGACGUGGGGGUCAGGCCAGUCGGGCAGUGGAAAAUCCCCCCUGGAAACCCGGAGUUCCCCUUUGGUCCUGAGGUCCUGAUCCCCCUCCAGCGAAGGCUGCUAGAGGACACGUUGGUUAAUCUCUCCCUCCCGCCUCUCCCACCCCUGGGAGACUUCCCAGACCACAAGGACACAUUCGCACCCACCUGUUGCCUCGAACCCAGGGCCCCCUCCAGACACACACCUUGCCCUGGGCCUCCGGACUCAGAUUCUGGGGUCUCUGCAGCCUUGUGUCCGCUGGCCCUGGACGACCCAGACUCCGUUUUUGUCACGCCCGCCAGAUGGCCGGAUUCCUUCCGGAGCCCGGCGAGGGCCCAGCCGCAUCCCCACCCCCUGAAAGGACGGACGGACGACGGUGCUCUCCCCGGUCUGCCCUCGGAGGGGCCCGAAUGCCGGGUCUGACCGACCAACGGGAGGCCGGACUCGCACGAACUUGGUGGGGAGGGCGGAGAUGUCUCUCUGCAUCUCUGGGUCCCUUCCAGCCUCGAUUUGGUUUCCCCCUGUGUCCCCUCCCCCUCAAGCGGGAAAGCGCCCCAUCGUGUCGUCUCACCCCCCACCCUUUUUAACGUAAAUGUUGAAGAGUAGAGUCAUCUCUGUGUUUCCAUGCUGACAUAUCCCCCCCCCCCAACCCCUCUACCUUUUCAUAUUCUUGUAUUUGGAUCUAAUAAAUGGUUGCUUUUCGA